AACGAAAGUCAGCAGACGGCGGGCGGGGCCGGACGUCUCUCCAACCCUGUUUUGUCCCGUAGUGCAAUGUAGCAACCCAACAACCAAGAAUCGAGCCGCCCACGAUUCUUGCCCGAUCCGGCAACAGAGAAACACCAUCUUCCUUCCUAACUGGAAUCGUUCUCCAUUCUUUCCCAUUCAUCGUCUUCUCCGAGCGUGACGGGAGCCAAAGGGUUGUAGUUGUUCCGUAUGGAGUCUCCGUUCAAGCCGGACGUGCUGAAGGGCAAAGUGGCCCUCCUGACCGGAGGCGGGUCGGGCAUCGGGUUCGAGAUAUCGCGCCAGCUGGGCCUCCACGGAGCCUCCGUCGCCGUCAUGGGCCGCCGCAAGAACGUCCUCGACUCCGCCGUCGCUGCUCUCCACCUCCACGGCAUUCCCGCAAUCGGAGUGGAAGGCGAUGUUCGGAAGCGAGACGACGUCGUCAGAGCCCUGGAAUCGACCGUCCAGAGCUUCGGGAGGCUCGACAUUCUGGUGAAUGCUGCCGCCGGCAAUUUCCUAGUCCCAGCCGAGGAUCUGUCUCCCAAUGGGUUUCGCACAGUUAUUGACAUUGACUCGGUUGGCACUUUCACGGUGUGCCACGAAGCGCUCAAGUAUCUCAAGAAAGGCGGUCCUGGAAAGGAGCCCUCUUGCGGGGGCACGAUCAUAAAUAUCAGCGCGACCUUGCACUACACGGCGACUUGGUACCAGAUCCAUGUAUCUGCUGCAAAGGCGGCUGUCGAUAGCAUUACAAGAAGCUUGGCACUGGAAUGGGGGACGGAUUAUGAUAUAAGAGUCAAUGGGAUUGCACCCGGACCUAUUGGUGACACGCCAGGAGUAAGCAAACUUGCACCCGGCGAUGCUCUGAGCAGCAGAGAGCAAAUGCCGCUCUUUAAGCUCGGGGAGAAAUGGGACAUUGCCAUGGCUGCUGUCUAUCUGGCAUGUGAUGCAGGGAAGUUCAUCAACGGAACGACAUUGGUAGUAGAUGGAGGAUCGUGGCUGAGCGCACCGCGCUAUCUUCCCAAAGAUGAGGUGAGGCGACUUUCCAGAGCGGUGGAAAGAAGGUCCAGAGAUGUCGCAGUUCCUAAGAGCAAGCUGUAGAUCGCAAACACUUCCUCGGCAUGGGGGAUGCCUCAUUCCUUUGAUCUGUUGUUGAUUGUAACAGAAGUGGAUAACAUUACUAGGCAGGACUAAUGCCACCGUACUGUCAAAAAUUGAAUCCUAGCAUUCAGGGGAGCAAAACAGAGCUUCCCAAUUCCAUUUCCUAUUCAUAAAGUGUAUGGGCCUUCACAUUGGUCAGGUUCUUGAUGCCAAGGCCCAAUAGGGAGAGGCCCAAGUGGCCACUGGGUUCGGCCCAUUUCACCAGUGAAAUGAUAGCAUCUUCUUUUCGCUGAA